UGGAGGAUAGCCCAAAACAACUUGAAAUUCCUAUUGGAGAUAGUAUCGAUCAGAGAGAAGAGAAAGGGCCUAUAGAUGACAUCGAAGAAGACAGACAUCAGAGAAUUCAAGCCACGAUGGAAUAAAAUUCGUGGCAACAGGAUAUAAUAAGAAGAAAGAAAUGCAAAAGAUCUUUAAAGAAAUGGACGAAGGAGAAGAGAACCAAGACAUGCUCUCAGAUGUUGAGAUCAAGGAGUACUGGGAUAAUAUUAAACGUACCGCUCAAGCUGAGAAUAAAAUUAUUAGCCAGAUGAUCUCGACCAACAAUGAAGAAGACAAGCAAAAGGGCUCAUAUAAUGAAAAUGUAAUGGAACUUCUUAAGCGAGAGAAGGAAGGAGAAGGCGAUGAUGAAGAGAUCGAAGAAUUUGAGGUAGAACUCCAUUCUCCUAAAUAAUGAGUUUGAAGAAAUGCUCCACAGAAAAAUUUACGAGCUCAACCAGUUACAAACUGAGUAUCAUGAACUGCAGCUCCAGCUGCAGAAAGAAAAGAGUCUCAGACUUAAAGCUGAGGAGGAAAUUGCAAAAAUCAACAAGCAGCAUGAAAGUGAAAAGAAGAACUUAGCUAUAAAUAUAAAGAACACUAUUCAAGAUCACUUUGAGAGGAAGGUUAUGAAUGUUGGGAUCAUGUACAAGAAAGAACUGAAAAACCUCAAUAACCAAUUCAGAGACCUCAGGAUGGACCUCAUGGGCUCUGAAUAUCUCAUUGGUAAACUCAUUGGGAUGUUUACAGACCAAGAAACCUUACUCUCUUACAUCCGAGCUCGGGUUAGGAUAAACUUUAAGGGAGAGAUGGGCCUUCGAGAGAUAGUUGGGAUGGAAUCAGGGAAAACUCUGUUUCAAAAGAGCGUUUACAAGCAAGACCAUACUGAAGUCAGAGAUCAACUGAUAGACCUGAAUGAAAGAUACGAAGACCUUGAAAGAAAUUACCAAAUUGCCAAAGAAGUAAGCGAGAGCAUGACUGAUGACUGGAGAAAUUCUGAGCUCAGAGCUAGGGAAUUUGAGAAAUUAUAUGAAGAAGAAAAGGUUCGCCACCAAGAUCAUAUCAAAGAACUUCUCAUAGAAUUUGAAGAGCGAGAGAAGAAAUGGCAUGAGGAAAAAUAAGAGUCAAAAUAGCCAUUUCGAUGGUUAUAAAGAUAAUAUGAAGAAGGAAAUUGAGAUCAAGGACAAAAUCAUCAAUAGAUAUAUAAAAUAUUUGAAUGUCAUGAACAAAGAAAUUGUUAUUGCUAAAAAUGUUGUGAAAAAUCCUGACUUGAUGAAGCAAGCAUUGAGAACACUUAAUUUCAACCAGCUUGACUUAUACCAAUAUAAUAAGUCUGACAAAUGAAGCAAGAGUAAGAGUACGAGCAUCACUAAGCAAAUCACUGAUUUUGUCAAAUUACAACCCAAGAAGAUCGACAUCAUAAAACCAAAAUUGAAUGUGCUAGAAAAGGAAAGUAAAUUUAACAUCACUGAAAAGUUCUUGAACCAGUCAAUGACUACUCGGCCAAUAACAACAAGUGAAUGCCAGAAGAAGCAUAAGAAGAUCAAUUUUAGAGGACGUUUGAGGUCUGUUGUGGAAGCUCGGAGUAAGAACAAUGUUAAUAAAACCUCAAUUGAUAGGAGGAGUAUGGUCUCCCCGUUGAACAUUAACACUGGGAACAGGAAGGUAUUUGAGUUCAUGGAUAAGAGGAAGUCCCUCUGCACUCCAAAAGAUGGAGACUAUACAUUUAACUCUUCUAUAGGACUUCCAUAA